AUGGAAUUAUCAGAAUUCACCAAUCCCCUCAAAUCAAUACCUCCAGAAAUUGUCCCAAUAAUGCCAUUCAAAUCUAUGAACAAUGCGGCAGCAGGAGGCAUGUUUUCCAGCAAUUCAGGCAAUCUCUUUGGGAAUACAAGAGGCAUUCCCUCGUCAUCAUCAGCCUUUCAGCUCAAUAAUGGUGGCAAAAUUUCGGGAUCAUCAGCCAAUAUGUCUGCCACUAUAUUACUGCAGAAGGUAGUCCAAAUUGGUGCAACUUCAAGCAAUAGUACUAUGACCUCUCCAAUGAUGCAAAAAAGUUUUGUCAGCAGCAUGGCAGGAUCUGAUCAACUCUCUGGAUCAAGAACUUCGUCGAAUUUACACCAAAACAAUUCAUUUGACAAUGUGCAUAACGAGCAAUCAAAAGGGACUUUUAGUACCCAGCUUUUACAGAACAGCCCACAAGAGUUGUCUCAAUUGUUCCAUUCUGGGACUGGUGGCUCAGUCUUGAGUGACAUGGUGUUGAACGGCGGAAUGCUGGUGGACAGUGAUCCGUAUUCUGCUGGUUUCUUGAAGAAAGUUACGGAACAAGAUGAUAUUGAACAUUCUGGCAUUGUGCAACGAAGAAUGCUAUGA